UUCCUGGGGGUGGCGUUUCAGACCAGUCUCUGCAAUGAGAGGCAAGACCGAUUUUUCACUAGUCUUAUCAGCAAUUCCGAUUGCAUACAAAUCCGCAGCGCCACUCCUGUGAAAGAAAGAAAGAAAGAAAGAAAAAAAAAACCAAGGGACCAUUGCACAUUCCUCCUCACGGGAGAACCAAGCCGUUUUCCUUUGAGUCCCCGCUUUUGCAACAAAGUAGCAAACCAGAUGCAUUAGAUCUGGCUGCGCUCAACGGUCUAUGCAUGUGGUUUAUAGCAUCGAAGUUUAGAAACAAGUUUUAUUAUUAACUUUCUGUUAGUUAUAUUGUUUUCUGAGAUUUUAUUUGCCGUCACCAUGGGCACAAAGUGGAGACGGACUGCAGACUUUUCCUGUUGGACAUUAAUAUUGGUCGCGGUUUUGUUCAAAAGCUGUCAUGGAAGUUGUGCGGAGAAAGAGUUGGAAAGCAGGGAAGAAGAAGCGAAUGUUGUUUUAACUGGAACUGUUGAAGAAAUCAUGAACAUGGAUCCGGUACACAAUACUUAUUCUUGCAAGGUGAGAGUCUGGCGCUAUCUAAAAGGCAAGACAACGGUGACCAAUGAAAUUCUCCUGGACGGCGGGAACAAAGUCAUGAUUGGAGGGUUCGGGGACCCUGGGAUCUGUGACAAUCAGGUGUCCACCGGCGACACGCGGAUUUUCUUUGUCAACCAGGCUCCUGAAUAUAUGUGGCCUGCUCACAAGAACGAGUUGAUGCUGAGCUCCAGCCUGAUGAGGAUUACUCUGAGGAACCUGGAGCAGGUGGAGCACUGCGUGGAAGAUAAACCAGUUCACUUUACAUCACCCCAGCCAGCAGAUGUGUGUCGAGGCAUGCUGUGUGGGUUCGGAGCGGUAUGUGAGAAGGACGUGGCUGAUCCAUCCAAAGGAGAGUGCGUCUGUAAGAAAGUCUCUUGCCCAUCUGUGGUGGCCCCGGUCUGUGGAUCCGAUUACUCCACCUAUUCCAAUGAGUGCGAGCUGGAGAAAGCACAGUGCAGCACACAGAGGAGGCUCAAGGUGAUCAAGAAGGGAGCAUGUGCUACAAAGGACCCUUGUUCCGAAGUGACCUGCAGUUAUGGCAGCACCUGUAUCCAGUCUUCUGACGGCCUGUCUGCCAAGUGUAUGUGCCCGAUCUCCUGUACCAGGGAGCCAGAGAAGGUGGUGUGUGGCAGUGACGGCAAGGACUACAGGAACGAGUGUGAGAUGAACGAGUUUGCCUGCGACCACCAGAAGAACAUCAACAAGCAGUUUGAUGGCCCUUGUGACCCCUGUAAAGAUAACCAGAACAACCGGGAUGAGGGUUGCCGUGUGAUUCCCACGAGCCGGCAGAUUGUGAGAUUCCCUUUACCGGAGAACUGCCCCCCCAUAAAAGAGCCACUGUGUGGGAGCGACGGGACCACCUAUCCGAAUGAGUGCAGCAUGCUGCGCACUGCCAGUCAGAAGGGCAUACAGCUUUUCAAAGUCCGCUCUGGCUCCUGCCAGCCUCAGGAUAAGUGCAAGGAGGGAUGUAAAUACAACGCCGUAUGCCUUAACCGCAAACCGGCGCCCCGCUGCUCCUGUGAGCCCAUUGAGUGCGACGGCACCUACAAACCCGUCUGCGGCCGAGACAGCAAGACCUACAGCAACGACUGCCAGCGCCAAAAGGCAGAGUGCAUCCAGAAAACGCACAUUCCGGUGAAACACGAGGGGCCUUGCGACCUCAGUGCCCCAAGCCCCUGCCAUAAAAAGACGUGUGAGUUUGGCGCCAUCUGCGUGGUGGAGAACGGCAAGCCGGUUUGCGAGUGCCCGGGUGUGUGCCCUCAGGUUCAGGACCUGGUCUGCGGAGAUGACCACCACACCUACAGCAGCCUUUGUGAGAUGAAUGCCAUGGGCUGUGCCUCCCUGAAAAAAAUUAAACUCAAGCACAAGGGACCUUGCAAACUCUGCGGCAAGUGCCAGUUUGGCGCUAUCUGCGAGUCUGAGACUGGCAGGUGUGUGUGUCCGACUGAGUGUGUGGCUUCCAACCAGCCUGUGUGUGGCACCGACGGCAACACCUACCAGAACGAGUGUGAGCUGCAUGUGCGAGCCUGUACCCAGCAGCAGAACAUUCAAGUGGCCGGGCAGGGAGAGUGCAAGACCUGCGGUACAGUAACCUGCUCCUUCGGUGCCCAGUGCAUGAACAAUCGCUGUGUGUGUCCCCGCUGUGAUAAGCAGUCCUUUGCCCCAGUCUGUGGCAGCGAUGGCAUCACCUACGACAACCCCUGUGAGUUGCAAGCCGCCUCCUGCCAGCUCAAGAAGAAGAUUGAAGUCUCCCAAUCUGGAAGCUGUGAUGAAGAAUGUGGCUCUGGUGGUUCUGGUUCAGGAGAGGACAGCGUGUGUGAGCAAGAGCGAUGCAAGAGGUUCGGAGGCUCCUGGGAUGAAGACACUGAGGACGACCGCUGUGUCUGCGAUUUCUCCUGUGACAACGUUCCCCGAAACCCGGUCUGCGGAAGUGAUGGAAAGACACACAGCAAUGAGUGUGAGCUGAAGAAGACACGCUGUGAAGAACAAGACGAUGUUCAAGUCAUGAACCAGGGGCCCUGCGAGGCUGUUCCUGCACCUUUAUCCCCCACAGCGAUGAGCCAGCACUGUAGCCAAACAGUUUAUGGCUGUUGCCUUGACAACACGACUGCUGCCCUUGGAGUUGGCCUGGCAGGCUGCCCCAGUACCUGUCUGUGUAAUCAGUAUGGGUCGUAUGGGGGUACCUGUGACCCCAGCUCUGGUCAGUGCUCUUGUAAACCGGGAGUGGGUGGACAGAAGUGUGACCGCUGUGAACCAGGAUUCUGGAAUUUCCGGGGAAUCGUCACGGAAAACAAGAGCGGCUGCACCCCCUGCAACUGUGAUGCCACUGGCUCAGUCCGAGACGACUGUGAACAGAUGUCCGGGCUGUGCGCCUGCAAGACAGGGGUGGUUGGCAUGAAAUGCAACCAGUGUCCAGACGGCAGAGAAAUGGGAGUGAAUGGCUGCGACAAAGGUCCCUCUGCUGUCGCAUCGUGCGCCGGGGUGCAAUGCGAGUUCGGCGCCUCCUGCGUGGAGGUUAAUGGGAAUGCUUUUUGCGAAUGCCCUUCAUCUGACUGUGACGAAAAAUACAAGACCAAGGUCUGUGGUUCAGACGGAGUGACCUAUGGGGACCAGUGCCAACUGAAGACUAUUGCCUGCCGACAGUCCAUGAAAAUUACCAUUAAACACACAGGGCAGUGCAGAGAAAACAUCCCUCAUGGAUCGAGUGCUGUUCCCACAUCCACCCCCUCCACUCCCACAACCCGUGCCAAACGACCAACCACCACCCUCUCAGUUCCCUUUGAAGAAGAGGAGGAGGAGGAGGAGGACGCUGUCACUGCCGCUGCCUCGCAGGUCCUUGUUGAAGCGCUGCCAGUGUUAACCACCAGCGCUAGCAGGCUGACUACAAGACCUCCCAGCACCACCAAAUCACCCUCCCGCUCCACCAAGCCACCCCGCCCCACCCCCCAAGCCCCACCCACCGCUCGCCCCACCACCAGCUCUCCCACCUUCACCCCCUCCCCAUCAACUCUCUCCUUCGAGGACUCAGGCAGCGGGGAACACAGCGGGGAACCCAGCGGGGAUGAUGAUCUUGAGGCUAGCGGAGCAACCGAAGCUAGCGGAGACGAGCCUAUCGAACCUACCUUCGAGGUUCGCCCCACGACGACUGCAAGCCCAGCAGAGAGGUCACCCUGCGACAAUACAGCUUUCGGGUGCUGUCCUGACAGCAAGACCACUGCCACCGAUGCAGAGGGAGCCAACUGCCCUCCAACCAAGGAGUUCCAUGCAGUCCUCAUCCUGGAGGAAGUGGAAGGUCAGGAAGUGUUCUACACCCCCGAGAUGGCCGACCCCAAGUCAGAGCUGUUUGGAGAAACGGCCAGGAGCAUUGAGAGUGCACUCAACGAGCUGCUGAGAAAGUCUGACGUGGAGAAAGAUUUCAAGAGCGUCCGUGUCCGAGACCUAGGCCCGAGCGGCUCCAUACGAGCCACAAUGGAAGCCCACUUUGACCCUGCAACCACCUACACUUCCCAGGAUGUGCAGAAGGCCCUCCUCAAACAGCUGAAGAUGUCCAAGAAGAAGGCCAUUGCUGUUAAGAAACCAGAAGAGGAGAAUAUCAGAGUCCUGGACUUCGACUGGGUACCAAAUCCAUUUGCCACAACCACCACGACAACCACAGCAGCCACCACUAUCCCCCCCACCACCACCACCAUCACUACCACCACCACCACCCGGAGGAGGCCAGCCACUACAGCACGCACCACCAGACGACCUUCAACGGCCAGGAGAGCCACCACGCCUGCCCCUACCACCACCAUGACCCCAACUCCCACUACCCCCAGCAAGGUGUUCUUUCCUUCCCGUCAGGCACCCUGUGAUUCCCAUCCCUGCCGACAUGGAGGAACCUGCGAGGAUGACGGCCAAGAUUUCACCUGCAUCUGCCCAGCCGGGAGAGGAGGGUCUGUCUGCGAGAAAGCUAUUAAAUACUACAUUCCUGCUUUUGGUGGCAAGUCUUACCUGGCCUUCAAGACUGUUAAGGCCUAUCACACGGUGCGCAUCUCCAUGGAGUUCCGCGCCUCCGAGCUCAGCGGCUUGCUGCUCUACGAUGGGCAGAACCGCGGCAAGGACUUCAUCUCGCUGGCUCUCGUCAACGGCUUUGUGGAGCUCAGAUUCAACACCGGUUCAGGCACUGGCAUCAUCACCAGCAAGAUCCGGAUCGAGCCUGGUAAAUGGCACCAAGUGCUGGUGAACCGGAACCGGCGCAGUGGCAUGCUAUCUGUGGACGGAGAGCCGCACGUCAAUGGAGAGAGCCCGGCUGGAACGGACGGGCUGAACCUGGAUACAGACCUCUUCAUCGGGGGAGCCCCGGAGGACCAGAUGUCUGUUGUGCAGGAGAGGACUUCAGCUGCUUCAGGCCUUGUGGGCUGCAUACGCAUGCUGGACGUCAAUAACUUGGUCUACAAGCUCCAGGAGAAAGAGGGAGAUGUGUUGUAUGGCACUGGGGUCGGAGAGUGUGGCAACAACCCUUGCCACCCCAACCCUUGUAAGAACGGAGCUCUCUGCCAGGUGAAGGAGGCAGAGAUGUUCCAUUGCCAGUGCAUCAACGGCUUCUCGGGCCCUACCUGUGCUGACGAGCAUAACCCAUGUGACCCCAACAAGUGCCACUCUUCAGCCACUUGCCUGGUGCUGCCGGAGGGCGGGUACAAGUGUGAGUGCCCAAUGGGACGAGAGGGAAAGCAUUGUGAAAAAGAAAUGCAUGACCAGACCAAGGCUUUCAUCCCAGAGUUCAAAGGGGAUUCUUACAUGGAGUUGAAUGGAUUGCACACCUUUGGGAUUGAUCUGAUGCAAAAGCUGAGCAUCACUGUGGUGUUCCUGGCAAAGGAUCUCACAGGCCUCAUCUUCUACAACGGACAGAAGACAGACGGCAAAGGAGACUUCAUCUCGCUGGCACUGAACGACGGUCUGCUGGAGUUCAGAUACGACCUGGGGAAAGGCCCUGCAGUGAUCAGGACUAAGAACAAGAUUCAACUGGACGUCUGGAAUGUGGUAACUUUGGAACGAAACGGUCGUAAAGGAGUGAUAACUGUGAAUAAUGGGGAAGCGGAGAGAGGAGAGUCACCGGACCAGCAUACCGCUCUCAACCUGAAGCAGUCCCUGUUUGUGGGUGGAGCUCCUGAUUUCAGUACACUGGCCCGGGCUGCUUCUGUUAACAAUGGAUUCACUGGAGCCAUUCAAAAGAUUUCACUGAUAGGCAUUACGGUUCUGAAGAAGGAUUAUGUCCUGAAAGCCGUGGAUGUCUCAGUGUACCGUGCUCACCCCUGCUCUAAGAGCCCCAGUGUGUGUCACAACGGAGGGAUCUGCCAUCCCAAACUGGACUCCUAUGAGUGUGUGUGCCAGCAUGGCUUCUCCGGCAUGCGCUGUGAGAACGCAAUCGUGGAGAAGUCAGCAGGAGAGACUGAAGCGAUCGCAUUCGAUGGCCGGACGUUCAUAGAAUAUCACAACGCGGUGACAAAGAGUGAGAAGGCCCUUCAGGUGAACAGCUUUGAGCUCAGUAUCAAGACAGAGGCCACGCAGGGUCUGAUUCUCUGGAGUGGCAAAGGAGUGGAAAGGUCCGACUACAUAGCCUUAGCCAUUGUGGAUGGGCAUGUGCAGAUGGCCUAUGAUCUUGGGUCCAAGCCAGUGGUCCUCAGAUCAACCGUUCCUGUCAACACAAACAAAUGGAUCAAAAUUAAAGCCAGCAGGGAACAAAGGGAUGGCACGCUACAGGUCGGCAACGAAGCUCCUGUCACCGGAUCAUCUCCUCUGGCAGCAACGCAGCUUGAUACUGACGGAGCGCUCUGGCUUGGUGGACUGGAAAAGCUCUCUGUGGCUCACAAGCUUCACAAAGCCUACAGCACAGGCUUCAUGGGAUGCAUGAAGGAGGUGAUCGUGGACAGCCAGGAGCUGCACCUUGUGGAGGACGCUCUAAACAACCCCAAAAUAUUACAUUGUUCGGCCAAAUAAUGAAUGCCGCCGCCCACCAUGUCUAUUGCUGUAAUUAUUUUCUAUUUUUGUAUACUUUUAUUGCUUUUAUAUUGGAAAAACUUUUUUUUUUUUUUUUCUGUUCUGUUGCAGAAUGUCAAGCUCCUCGAUUCUACACAAUCCAACCGAACAAGCAUCAUAGGUUGUACAAAAAUUGCAUUGCACAAACAUUAAACGUACUUGAACAUUCACGACGACAUUGGUGCUUCUGUUGGCUUCUUGUGGCUCCGUGGUUCGGUAUCCUAGUUGAGUAUUAGCCUAGCUAAGUUACCCUGUUUAACUGUGACUGGAAGCAAACAAGUAGAGGUAAUAAAAGAACAGAACUAACACCAAAACGCUAAGGGGCCGGAGGAUCAAUACAUGACUGUGAUAACAAGUCUGGGCUGUUAAUGUUACUGUGGCUUUUUAAAUUUUAAUUUGUUUUAAUAAUAAUUUAUGUACUAAACGUGUCUGUGACUUUUAGCUUACUGCUUUAUGUACGGUAAAUAAACUAAAUGAUGUUGGCUGUGUUAUUAUAAGAAUGCGUAUCUGAGAGUCAUUAAAUGUACAUCAAUGCGUAACAUCUCACAUGGCGAAGGUAUGUUGGUGCAAAGUAAAAGUGGACCCUUUGCAACAUAAAAAUGUCAUUGUCUGUCUGUCUUUUACAGGUCUUAACGCAGUAUCCCUUUUUGAUGGAUUGUCCAAGUAUUAGCUCUCAAAUGCAUUUUAUUUUUUAAUUCUUGGUCGCCAUACAGAGUAUGUAACAAUGUUGUGUUAAAAAGAAAGCAUUCCGGGCAGUUAAACGUUCAACUAUAUCUCAAUAUAAAAUUCCAUUGGACUAUCACGUGGAAGCCUGCAACUGUGUAUAUUUUAGUACAUGCAGGAAUAUGGCUGUACGAUUUCAUCUUGCCAGCUGUGUGCUGUUUUGUCUGCUGGGGAAUCUUAGCCCUGCAUGAUAAUUUGUGUUAAAGACAUUCUUUUUUUUUUUUUUUUUUUUUUUAAAGCAAAUGGCAUUGAAGUGUUUCUAAUAUAAGGACUAAAACGUGUUUAUUUGUGUAAAAGUCAAGCAUGCUACUGAGCCAAGCAGCAAAAUCAAAACCUCCUCUUGCAUUGUAACUGAAAGCUAAGUUGUUGUUUUUGUUUUCUUUCUAAUGGUGUAAAAAACUUGCCUUUUAGAAUUGUGCCAACCCAAAGUCCAAUACUUCUGUGUUCCACCGGGUGGCGCUAGAACACAAGCAGAACAGUCUUUACACAAACUGAAGGGUGACUAGAGUUUCUUCUAUUGCUAUUGUGGGACAACUGCUGAAUGUUCCUGGUUCACAAAGGAAUGCACACAACCAACUCUACUUAAAUGUGCCCUGUGUUGUAUAUAUUAGCAUUGAGGGAGCUGAGAUUUCUUUCAAAUACCCCUUUCCAGCACGAGCUAAAAUCUAUGAUUUGUUACACCUAAACUGGAUUUGGACCUUGCAUCUCUGAGCCAUGGCUCUACAAAAAAGAAUGCAUGGGAUGCAUUUUAAAGAUGGAAAGGUACAUUUCUCAAUGAUACUGCCAGUGCAAGCGUGCAUUGUUGCAGUCUUGGAUUUACUGUAAUAUGUUCAGGUUGCAUCUAUAAAAAACUGCGUGUUCAGUACAGUACGACAUUGUCAUGGUUUUAUUUUGUACCCCAUUAGACUUGAUACUUUUGCGCAGGCCUGUGAUCUGAUCGAUAAGUUAGCAAUGUUUUCUUGUUAGAUGCGUUAGUAUUAUACACUGGAACAAAG